UUUUGCAGAAAGAAAUAAGAUCUGCACUUUAGGCCAAACCAUCUUUUGACACCACAGAACUCACUUGCAAUUUUCAUCUUUCUGUCCUUGAGAAGAGCCGGUAGGAUUGGCUACAGAAAUCACUUUCCUUCCAUGGGUUUUUUGCAACCUCUUCUUCAUUUGCCUUUCUAAGGACUCAACGUAGAAGAUCCAUCUUGCUUUCCUCAAGUCAGGCAAUCAUCCCUAAAUCCUAAGGAAAUGGGUGUCCCUGGCUGUGCCUCAGUAAGGAGGUCGAACGCAACUGUACGCCACCUCAGAGAGAUAGAAUUCAACAGUUCCUCAGGUCUGGAUGAUACUACUUUGUACUUCCUGCUGGAGGAAUUGUCUCUCACCCCAUCGGGCACAAACAUGAAGAUGUUUUUAAUCUCUCCAGUCAUCUGCCUCAUGGCAGGUGCCCUCAUCAUUCCUACCAUCUUAUUCGUGAUCUUCUCUCGGUUUAACAUCCGUCAGGAAACAAGGUACAUGCUGCUGGGAAAUGCUCUGCUCUCUGAUCUGACCUACCUGUUGUUCUACACCCUGUCGGCUGCUCUUAAUGCAGCACAUCUGCAUGUCCCAAAGGAAGCUUGUGUGCUCCUGCUAUUUCUGCUGGCAGUGGCUUACUGCGGAGGACUGUUCACCGCUGCUGCCAUAGUCUUGGACACAUACGUAGCUAUUUUGUUUCCUUUGCGCUACGUCACUAUUCUGCCCCCUUCACGAACUAAAAAAAUCAUAGUUUUACUAUGGAUGUGUUCUGGAGCUUUCCCUGCCCUUUUCUUCUUGGUGCUAUGGAGUACCCACACCUUUGUGCCCUGUGCCCUUGAGAUGUGCUCGGUUCCAGUAAUCCUGAUAUUAACUCUGAAUGGGACUGGUGCUCUGAAACUCUGCUUCUGGCUUUCUACCAGUGUUAUCUUUCUCUGCCUGUCUGUAAUAUUUUGUUGCUAUGCUAUUCUGUAUUUUAAAACCAAACAUUCGGGUAUAUGGGAGAGCAUCUGCUCCAGAGCCAGUGUAACAUUCUUAAUGCACAACACUGUGUUAUUUUUUUACUUCUUUCCACUCUUGGCCCUUCUUGUAGAAUCAUUCUUGUGUGUUAAUGUUAUCAUCAGACUGCAGACAGGAAUCUUGGUCUCCCUGACAGUGUGCAAUGUCCUGACGAUUCUUCCUAAAGUUUUGUUCCCUUUUCUAUAUGGGCUUCGAUACAGAGAGAUCUCAGCCUCUCUCAAAUCCAUCGUCAGGAGGAAGCAACUUCGCAUGGUGUCACCUGCUCCACCACCAUCCUGAGCCAAGGCAGAGCACAGUCACAGCAGAGGAGUUGUCCUUACCCUGUUAUCAUGCAAGACUGAUGGAAAUCACUCAGCUUCUGAAGAAGUGGAGAAUAAGUGAUCAACCCAUGAUGGAGAAGACAUGGGUUGACCACUCUGCCUCCUUGGUGCCAAAAGGCAACAGAUCUUUCAUUAUGUCAUGGCUGAGAAUACAGAAAAUGAUACCCUGGAUGAAGUUACAAGCUUUGUUCUGAUGUGAAAGGCAGAACCUUUGGGAGGAGAUAUUGAAACAAGAUCAUUUUCACCCACCUGUUGCAAACGCCUUUCUGGAAAAGAAGAAAACAAAAAGUUUUGCAAAGCAGAGAGGGUAACCACAGGUCCCUUGACAGCAGCACCUAGAGCAGAGGAUCCUUAACUAAAUGUGCUGUGAACAGAACAACUAUUCCUUUCAUGCACAGUGGAUUCUUGCAAGGUUGGUAGCCAACGUCCUAUUCUUUGAAAUGUGAACUCAGAGGUGCCUCUGGAAACUGCUGCACCCAGUGAAAGGCUGUGCCUCAGCUUGUGCAGUGUGCUGGUGUAUUUGCUGCCUUAUGGAUUCUGUCUGGCAAUUGCAAAACACUGGAGUCUUCUAAAAUCUCUGUCUGACAGGAGUCACCUUUGAUCAGUGUCUGCUGGGCAGCCCAGCACGUGGCAGUGCCGGGGGUUGCAGGGAUGGACGGGCUGCUCGGGGAGGGAGGCUGAGCCGGAGGCAGCAGGUGGCGUUCCCUCAUUCCCUGGCGUUCCCUCAUUCCCUGCCCGCAGGGUGGUGUCCUGCUGUGCCGGUGCCCGAGGAGCCGGGCGGGCUGUGAGGAGCCUGGAGCAGCCCAGAGCCCUGACCCCUGCUGAGGCUGCACUGAGGGGUCCUGGCCAAGGCUGAGGCUGCAGCAGGGGCAGCAGGGCAGGAGCAGUGAGGUGCCAGGCUGGGCACAGAUGUACCCAUAGCGCGGCUCCAGCAGGGCCCGGGGAGAGGGACUGAGCAUGAACACCGCAUCCGAUCCUGCCUGAGGCAUCUCCCAGCUCUGCCUCACAAAAAUCCUCUCCAGCAGCCUGAUCUCAGGUUACAGCUGCACCCUGCCAGAGCUGCUGCUGGGUACCUGCCACCAAAGCCUUAGAAAGGCCAGGAGGAGAGGCUGCAGAGCCAGCUGGUGCAAGACGUUGUAAGAGCCUUUUAGGUUUUCCAGAUCAGCCCCUUACCUGUAGAGGACAAGUGAAACAUAUUUCUGACUUUAAAGAAACCAAAAUUUCAUUAGAUAUAAACAUCAGUGUGGGAAAUUUAAGUUGCCAUUCUGUUCCUUGACUCGACAAAAGAACUCUGUAUUCCUAAAGAUAUUGCUUUUAGAAUUUGUUAGAUUUUAUGUAAAAAUACAGUGGGCUUAAAACAAAAGGUCCUUGAUUUCACUGUGCAGUAUUUUCCUUAUGUGCAGUCUCUCUUCACCUUCUGUUUGCUUAAAAUUGUACAGAAAAAGUGCUGAAUGUGGCUUUUGGCUAUUUCACACUCAUCUGAAGAAUUCCACUAAGUGUGAGCCAGGAAGAGAUCGGUGUCUGGUUGCAUGGAAUGUUUUCGGCAAUGGAGCCAGUUUGAGCAGUUCCUGCUGAUCUUCUCCCGUCAUUUCCAAACUGCUUGUUACUCUCCUCACAUUGCAGUGUCUGCUCUCUCCUGCUUGCUGAUGCAACUGCUUCUGGGAUUGCAGGUUAAAAAUAUCCCUGCAAAGAGAACUGGUGUUGUUUUUAUUUUAACUGAGAUUAUCCCAGUGAUCUGUUUUAUAGGAUGUUCUGCAAACAGCUGCAUCAGCACAACUGAGGGGGCAACAAAUUCCAGUACAGAGAUGGGGCAAUGAGCAGGAACACUGUAGAGAGGCUUUGCUGCUAAGGGACACUUCUUGUGUAAGAAGCAUCUCUAAGGCAAAGUUGUUGCAAGUGAAUAAACUGUAAUAUUGCAUAUUUGCUUUAACCGUGGUCC